AUGUCACAACAGCAGUUCAUUGAAAUUUACAUUUCCAACUACAAGACCAUCACACCUGAUGAUCGUCACACUAAACCCUACACCAAUUACAUUCUCGAUAUUUCUCUCCAAUCCGAUAAAAAUCCUCAAGAAAUUUUCUAUCAAUGGUCAAUAGAAUAUCGAUAUUCACAAUUGAGAAGUUUUCACUCUCUACUUUCCAAGUACUUUAAAAAGCUUCCGACAUUUCCUCCAAAAAAAUUAUUUAAUAGAUCAUCGGAAAUGAUUGAAAAAAGACUUGUGGAAUUAAAAAAGUAUUUUAAACAAUUAUUUAAAAAUAGAAAUGAUAUAUUUAACAAAUCGGGAACUCUUUCGUUUAUUUUGAAAUUUAUCAACAUUCCAAAUGAAUUAAUGCAAUAUGUAAUAGUUACAAAAGAUGAUUUAAAUUCGGUGGAUUCUCUCACUUUUUUAAAUUCAAAACUUGACAAGUCAAUUGAAUCUCCUUUUUGUAAAGUAAUUUUCCAUAAGGGAGUGAGAUAUAAAUUAUCGAAAUUUAUUGGAAAUGGUACAUAUGGUAAAGUUUAUCAUUCUGUCGAUGAUUCAGGAUAUGAGUAUGCAAUUAAGGAAAUUCCUGCAUUGUAUGUUGAUACAAUGUUUGUGGAAAACAAUGUAAAACUCAUCUCUGAAUGUAAUGAAACAUUUCUGAGAUAUAUAUUGAGAAUUUUAGAUACAUUUCAAAUUGCUAAUAACUAUUAUGUCGUUACAGAAUAUUUUAAUAAGGGAUCUCUUAAUAAUAUACGAAAUGAUGUGAAAAUGAGUGUUUCUACAAUUUUACAAAUAAUUAUACAAAUGGUCACUUCAUUAAGAUUCUUAAAUUCAAAGAAAAUGGUACAUUUGGAUAUUAAGGAGGGAAACAUUUUUGUUCAAUUCUUUAAUGGACAUCGAAUUUCACUAAUUUUAGGAGAUUUGGGAUUGAGUAGAAAAAUUAAUCCUUCCAUUCAAUUGAAUACUAUUAACAAUAAUAUUAAUAAUAUAGAAAUAGUUAAAGAAAGCUUAUUCGAAUCAUUAUCCAGUUCUGCAUCUGUUGGAACACCAUUAUAUCAAGCUCCAGAAAUGUUACAACAAGAAAAUCCUUUCAUUCAUGAAAAGAGUGAUAUUUAUUCUUUAGGUUGUACAAUAUUAUAUUAUUUAUUUGGUAAAAUUAAAGUAUUGAAUCAAGAAAAAGAAUUAGAUUGGGAAAAGAUCAAUUCUCUCUUUCAAAAACUUGAAGAACCAGAAUGGAAAUAUAUUUAUGAAUUGUUACAAAAAAUGUUAACAAUUGAUGUUAACGAGAGAGCAGACACCAAAACAAUACUUGAUUUUAUAUUUAAAAAACAAGAUGCAUUGCCAUCGGAAAUGAAUGAAGAAAAAAGAAAUCAAUUCAUCCUGGACGAAAUGGAAAGUAUUGAUUUACUAACAAGUUAUGUAAAAUUACAAGAUUAUUUCAAAACAAGUGAUUCCAUAAUAAGAGAUUCUCUUUAUGAAAAUGGAAAUCAAUUGGAAGAUUUACCAGAACAUUUUAAAAACAAUUCCAACUAUUUUAACAUUGCAGCUCAACAAAAUUCAAUGUUGCAUAAAGACUCAGAUCAAUUUAAUUAUUAUCUAGAGCUAGCUGCUGAUUCGAAACCAAAUAACAAUGAAAUUACUCUCCUUACAAAAAAUUCCUCUGAACAAAACAGAAAUGAUUACUACUUUGCUUUGAGUUCAGUUUCAAAGGACGGAAAAACUUUAAGAUUUGUUGGACAUCUUUUGAAAAUGAAUAGAACUAUUGUAAUGACAGCUGUGAAACAAAAUCCAUUGGCAAUUCAAUAUGCCCCCAGUUCAUUAAGGAAAGAUAAGGAAAUAGCAAAGGAGGCCCUUGUUUACAAUGGCAGAACUUUGGAAUAUUUAGAAGAGUUACAAGAUGAUGAGGAAAUUGUACUCGCAGCUGUUUCUGUUCAUGGAAUUGCCAUAAAAUUUGCUUCUCCAAGAUUGAGAUCUCACGAAAAUAUAAUCAGACGAGCUGUCAAAGUUGAUGAACGUGCCAUUGAAUAUGCUGAUACUUCAAAUUUAUCACUGAAAUUAUUAUUUGAAAUUAUUUGUCAAAAUAUUGAUGCAUGUUAUUAUUUGAAAUAUGACGAAAAGUUAGUGAUGGACUAUGUGAAACAAACCAAUGAUAGCAAUGCGAAAACAUUUCUAUUGUUAAUGGAAAAAAAGGUAUCCAUGUCGAAAAUGAUUCAAUUGGCCGACGAUAUUGGAAAUCCACUUGCCCAACUUUAUGUUGCCCUACAUAGAAGGGAUAAUCCUGAAAGAAUGCUCAAUGCUGCCAAGCAAGGUAAUUUACAAGCUCAAUUGAUAUUGGCACGUUGGUUACAGAUGUAUGGACAUGUUGAUUCGGCAGUGGAUUGGUUGAAAAAAUGUGCCUCCCAUUCAUAUCUUCCUGCAAUUGUUUUUCUCUGUUCAUUACUUGAUCCAGCUACGGAUGGUGAAUGGUUUUUGAAAGGGGCUCAUUUAGGAGAUGGUGAAAUUCAAUACGUUUAUGGCUUAUCAAUUUUUUAUGAAAAAAAUCGUACUCAAAUUAAUUAUCAGGGAUUUUAUUGGUGUAAACGAGCUGCUCAUCAGGGGUUUCCUAGAGCUCAAUAUCACAUGUCUCAAUGUUACAAGUAUGGAUUAGCAGUUAAUAGAAAUCCUGAGAAGGCUUUCAAAUGGAUGAAACUAGCUGCAGAGAAUCAAGUGAUAGUAGCUCAAUAUCAACUUGGAUUAUUUUAUGGAGGUGGAAAAGGAACUGUGCAAGAUGUCAAAAAAGCAUUUUACUGGUUAGAAACUUCUGCCAAAAAGAAAAAUUGGGUUGCCUUAAAUGAACUUGGACUAAUUUAUAUGAAAGGUCGUUAUGAUGUUAAAGUAAAUUAUGAUAAGGCAAUUGAAUAUUUCAAGAAAUCUCUCCAAACCCUUGAAGAUUACAAAAAUAGUCCCAUUAGUGAUGAUUUUGAUCCGUUUGUAAAUCCUCCAAAAGGUAAUGGUGAAUAUCUCUAUUUAAAUAUUGGAGAAUGUUAUUUCCUUAAACAGAAACGUGAGGAAGGAAUUGAAUGGAUGAUGAAAAGUAUUUCAUUAGGAUGUGAAUAUGCAGUAGAAGUAUUGGAAGAGUAUACAGGUAUCGUUGUUAGUACAGAUGCCGUAGGGUGGCAAAAUUAUUGUUUUAAUAAUACAGAGGAAGUAAUUUUGAAUAUGCAUAGAGCUGUAGAUAGCAAAUCACAAGAAUAA